AUGGGCUUGGCGGAGCAGCGGAAGAAGCAGCGGCUGGUCGGCUCCGCGACGACACGCAACUCGGCGUGGCUGAACGAUGCGUCGCUUCCAGGCCAGCGCAUGAUGACGUCCAUGGGGUGGGCGCCAGGCUCGGGUCUCGGUACGUCCGGCCAGGGCAUGUCGACGAACCUGGCUGUGUCGAUGAAACUCGACAAUAAGGGUAUCGGUGCACAGCGCCAUGAGCGCGAGGCGCUGGAGCAGGGCAAGGCCGAUGCAUGGAUCGGCGCAGGCGGCGAUCUCGGCUCGCUCUUUGACCGCCUCAACUCGGCCAACGCCGAAGAGAAAAAGGCCGAGCAGGAGCCUGCCCUCCGCACGACGCCGGGCGCUUCGCGGCUUGCACACCGCGCCAAGUUCCGCCGUGCCAAGGCAAUGGUCGGCUCCGACGCCGUGCGCAUGAACGAGAUCCUGGGGAUUAGCAGCAACGAGGGAAGUGCGCGCAGCUCGCCGGCGCCGGCACCUGCUGCGACGGUCGUUGUCACCGAAGAGCGCAAGGCCGACAAUGACAGCGAGUCGAGUGAGAACAGCGAGUCGAGUGAGGACGAGAGUGAGGAGGAUGUAAAACCAUCCAAGGCAAAAGCAUCGAGCUCCAAGGUCAAGAAGGCAAAGGGGGAAAAGGCCAAGAAGGACAAGGAGGAGACAAAGCGGGAGAAGAAGGCCAAGAAGGAAAAGAAGGAGAAGAAGGAGAAGAAGGAGAAGAAAGAAAAGAAGGAAAAGAAAGAGAAACUGGCCGAAAAGAGCAAGGCGUCGUCCAAGACAGAAAAACCUUCCAAGCGCAAGGCAGACGACGAAAGCGACGCCAAGGCCACACGCAAGGCCGCCAAGCUCGCGAAACGCAAGGCCGAGGCGAUGGACCCCGAGCCGGAAGUCGAGGAGUCGAAACUCAUCAUCAACCCCGGCGGCCAGUUUGUGUUCCAAUACCUCUCGAACAAACUUAUGCGGCGCAAGGCCGAAGUGUCCAAGCAGCGCCGCGAUGCAGGCAAGUGGUGGUAG